AAACUCAAAGUUAUGUGUCACAAAAAUACGAACGGUCGUUUUUUUCUUGAAAACAACAAUUGGCUAAGGGAAAUUAAACAAUGUUUUGAUGAGAUAAAUGAAGAUGAAAAUUGCAGAGCUGUUAUAAUAUCUGGAGAAGGAAAAAUGUUUACUGCAGGCAUAGAUUUGUCAGACUUCAUAGUUACAGCACAAAAAGUUGCAGAAAAGGAUGAUGUUGCAAGAAAAGCCAAAGUAUUUCACAAAAUUAUAGAAACAUAUCAGUCUUCUAUGACAUCUCUGGAAUUAUGUAAAAAACCAAUAUUAGCAGCAAUUCAUUCAGCAUGCAUUGGUGGUGGUGUAGAUCUAAUUACAGCUGCUGAUAUUAGGUAUUGCACAAAAGAUGCUUGGUUUCAAGUCAAAGAAGUUGAAGUAGGAUUAGCAGCUGAUGUAGGCACUUUACAAAGAUUACCAAAAGUUAUCGGUUCAGAUAGUUUGGCUAGAGAAUUAUGUUAUACUGCUAGAAAAAUGAAUGCAGAUGAAGCACUAACAUGUGGUUUAGUGUCACGAGUAUUUGGUAGUUAUUCAGAAUUGAUAGAAGGUGCACUAAAUGUGGCUGAAGAUAUUGCAAAAAAGAGUCCAGUGGCUGUACAAACUACGAAGGCAAACCUGAUAUAUUCCCGUGAUCACACUGUACAAGAAGGAUUAGAUCAUAUAAAAUUGUGGAACCAGUUAAAUCUACAAAGUGAAGAUCUUACACAAGCAGCAAUGGGAAUAAUGACGAAAGACGAAAACAUAAAGUUUUCGAAACUUUAAUUUUAAUUCGAAUUAUUUUUUAUUUGUAUUAAAAGUUUCAUCUUAAUCUAUUAUAUUAAUUAAAAUUAUUACAUUAAUUACUAU